AUGCCUCCUCGAUCGACCCGGGCCGCUCCCGCAAAAGAGGCAGCUCCAGAAUCGGCACCCAAAAGGCGCGCCUCCGCCAGAGUUGCUGGGGCCUCAAAUGCGGCGCUAAAGAAGCAAAAGUACGAUUCAAGCGCCCCUGACAAAUCCGUGAAAUCCACCACCAAGAAAAGCAAGUAUUUCCAAGAAGACGAAGCAAAAAAGCCGAAGCGCAAUGCAAAGCGCGCGAUUAAGCCAAACGAUGACUAUGAAGACGAAGAACCCGGGGAUUCAUCAGACGCAGACUCGGACUUUUGGCGACCAGAGCAGUCAUCCACGGCCGGUAAAGAAGCAGUUUCGCAAGCCGCGAAAGACUUCGAGAACAGACGCGGGACCAAAUCAGACGCGCCGGAGUCUUCGAAAAAGAAGGAUUUAUGGAGAGAAGGUGUCAAGACCGGUCUUGGGCCUGGGAAAGAGGUCUUCAUCGAGAAGCCCAAAGCAAGGGACCCGGGAGACGUUCCAUAUGAGGACGACACCCUACAUCCCAACACCAUAUUAUUUCUCAAAGACCUGACCAAAAAUAAUGAAAGGCAAUGGCUUAAAGCCCACGAUGCGGAUUAUCGCUCUUCAAAAAAGGAUUGGGAUACUUUUGUUGAGACAUUAACAGAGAAGGUCACUGAGAAGGAUAGCACCAUCCCAGAGCUACCUGCAAAAGACCUGGUCUUCCGUAUAUAUAGAGACAUUAGGUUCAGUAAGGAUCCUACACCCUAUAAGACGCACUUCUCGGCCGCCUGGUCCCGCACCGGCAAAAAAGGUCCUUACGCUGCAUAUUAUGUCCACUGUCAACCAGGAGCCAGCUUCGUUGGCUCGGGACUCUGGCAUCCAGAAGCUGAUAAGCUGGCGCUUCUUCGAGACGACAUCGAUGGGAACUCGCAAGGUUUAAAAACGGUUCUCAGGGAAGAAGGCAUGCGACGAGAAUUCUUCGAUGGUAUACCUGAUGAUGAAGACAAAGCUGUGAAGGCCUUUGUUAGUCAAAACAGCGAGAGUGCGCUUAAGACUAAGCCUAAGGGUUAUGAACACGACAAUGAGAACAUCCAGCUCCUCCGUUUACGCAGUUUCACUAUUGGCAAACGGCUUCCAGACGCAGAUCUCUUGAGUCCUGAUGCCCAGGAGAAAAUCACCGCUCUCAUUGGCAUCAUGGCACCAUUUGUCACGUAUUUGAACAGUGUGGUAAUGCCUGAUCCAGCCGGGCAGGGCAAUAUUUCGUCUGAUUCCUCGGAAGGUGACUGA